AUGCCCAGGAGAGGAGCUCUUCCCCCGUGGACCCUCCUGGUGCUGCUGCAGCUGGCACUUGUCCCAUCACCACUGACACGCUGCCUCCUCAGCCUGCCCUGCUUGGAGGUCAUCCCUAACACAACUUUCAGAUGCACAGGACUGAACAUCUCUGGAGUUACUGCUGAAGUCCCAAAUACAACCCAGAACCUGGAUCUGAGUUUUAGCAAUCUGGAAUCACUCUGGUCAAAUUAUUUUUCAGCAGUCCCUGAACUGCAGCUUCUGGAUCUUUCCAGGUGCCACCUCCAUACAAUAGAAGAUAACUCCUUUAUGGAUCUUCAUAGACUUUCCACCUUAAUUUUAACUGCCAAUUCCCUCCAGUACCUGGGGACAGCAGCCUUCAAUGGCUUAACAUCUCUGAAAAAGCUAGUACUGGUGGAAACCAACACAUCCUCUCUGAAUGACCUGCCCAUUGGACACUUGCAUACCCUGCAGGAGCUAAAUUUGGGCCACAACAACAUUGCUUCAUUGAAGCUUCCCAAGUAUUUCACCAACCUGACCUCUCUCAGGCACCUGAACUUUCGCUCUAACAAUAUCACAUACAUUUCCAAAGGAGACCUUGAUGCUCUGAGGGGAGGGAACAGGCUCAACCUUAUGCUAGUGCUUUCCCUGAAUAAUAUAAAAUGCAUAGAGCCAGGGUCCUUUGCAAAGAUUCACCUUGGGGAGCUGGUUCUAAGGUCCACAUUUGAGAACUUCAGCGUGAUGCACACUUCUCUUCUAGGCCUGAAGGAUUUACAGGUCAAUAGACUAAUAGUUGGAGAAUUCAGUGACCAGUGGAGACUGAGAGAAUUUCAGAGAGGACUCUUGAGUGGACUGUGCCAGGUACAGAUGCAAGAGUUUGUCUUAAUAUGUUUCAGAAAAUUUCGCAGUAAUACAGACACUCUUUUUAACUGCAUAAGCAACGUUUCCAGUAUUAGGUUGGUGGACCUUGGACUUGAGGUGCUAUCAGAGGUUCCUAUGUUCUCUCAAGUGAAGCAGCUGGAAUGCAAGAAAUGUGAUUUUGAUGAAGUGCCUGCUAAGAACAUUUCUCUUUUCAAGGAGCUGAGAGUGUUUCGUAUGACCAAGGGCACAUACCUCAAGAGUUUUGAGCAGAAAUUUGAGAAUUUAAGUAAGCUGGAGGUCAUAGACUUGAGUGAGAAUCGCCUCUCCUUCAAACAGUGCUGCUCCCCUCAGUUUCAAAAUUGUUCAAACUUGAAACACUUGAACCUAAGCUUCAAUUCUGCUAUCCACUUGUCUGGAGAUUUCACUAAUGUGAAGAAUUUGUUAUAUUUGGACUUACAGCACACAAAGUUAUUUGGCCCUGGCUCCUUCCCUGUCUUUCUAUCCCUUCGGAAACUCAUUUACCUUGAUAUUUCCCAUACCAAAACUCACGUUCACUCCCAGUGUACAUUCUGUGGCUUGGACUCUUUGCAAGUGCUCAAGAUGUCAGGCAACUCCUUUGAGAACAAUAAGCUGGCAAACAACUUCAAAAACCUAAGCCACCUCCACACCUUGGAUAUUUCAAGUUGCAUGUUAGUCCAGGUGGAUCGAAGCACAUUUGAUGCCCUCUCUGAACUAAAAGAGCUAAACAUCAGCAACAAUAAGCUCCUGACUUUUGAUCCUGGAGUCUACCAGCCUCUCCAAGCCCUCAGAGUCCUGGAUUUCAGUAACAAUCAGCUGACUGUUCUGUUGGACUCAGCCCUGGAAAUCCUGCCUGAGAGCCUGGUCCUGUUAGACAUCUCUCAAAACCUGUUUGACUGCUCUUGUGCACACCUAAAUUUUCUGAAAUGGGUCAAGGAAAAGCAGGAGCUACUGCAGAACAAGGAGUUGAUGAUAUGCCACACACCUGUGGACAUGAAGAAUGUCAACCUGUCAAGCUUUGACCUGUCCUCCUGCCAUGUCAAUGCAAGGAAAGUGACCUUCUUAGUGCUCGUAUUCCUCAUUGUAGCAGUGUCCCUCUUCUUGAUUUACAAGUACUACUUCCAGCUAUACUACACAUUGGUGCUGCUCAGUGGGUGCAAACACUCUGCAGAAAGAGGUGACACCUAUGAUGCCUUUGUUAUCCACUCCAGCAAAGAUCAAGAAUGGGUGAUAAAAGAGCUGGUGGAACCCUUAGAAGGGGGAACACCUCCCUUCCACCUGUGUCUGUACUACAGGGAUUUUCUACCAGGGGUACCCGUUGUCACCAAUAUUAUCCAAGAAGGUUUUCUCAGUAGCAGAAAUGUCAUUGCAGUCAUCUCUACUGACUUUCUGGAAAGUAAGUGGUGUAGCUUUGAGUUUGACAUUGCCCAGUCCUGGCAGCUUGUUGAGGGAAAGGCUGGAAUCAUCAUGAUUGUACUAGAAAAAGUAGAUAAGGCCUUGCUGAGACAGAGGCUGGGACUGUCCCGAUACCUGAGGAGGAACACCUACCUGGAGUGGAAAAACAAGGAAAUAAGUAAGCAAAUCUUCAUGAGACAGCUGACAGGAGUCUUGCUAGAGGGCAGAAAUUGGAAUCAAGAGGAGAUAAAGCUCAUGUGA